AUGAUGAUCAACGACACUCUGGACGUCCCUGCGCUCCAGCUGGAGUCCAGGUCUCUGGUCACUUCAGCCACCAUGUUCGGCGUUGGAGUCUUGGGGAACAUCAUCGCCAUAGUUGUGCUGUGUAUCUCCAAAAGGGAGCAGAAGGAAACCACUUUCUACACCCUGGUCUGCGGGAUGGCCAUCACGGAUCUGCUGGGAACAUGCUUCACCAGCCCGGUGGUGAUCGCCACAUAUGUAGCCAACCGAUGGCCAGGUGGAGUCCUCCUCUGCCACUUCUUCUCCUUCUCCAUGCUCUUCUUCGGCUCGGCUGGGAUGUCGAUCCUGUGCGCCAUGGCCGUGGAGCGAUACUUGGCCAUAAACCACGCGUAUUUCUACUCCCAGCACAUAGACCGGACAAUGGCACGCUUUGCACUCCUGGUCACCUACCUGGCUAACAUUUUACUCUGCAUUAUGCCUAGUUUUGGCUUCGGGCAGCAUGUGAGGCACUUCCCCGGGACCUGGUGCUUUCUGGACUGGAGGGCGAUGGAUCCACUUGGAGCCUGCUACUCCUUCCUGUACGGCGGCGUGAUGCUGGUGCUGAUCGCAGUGACACUGUUGUGUAAUCUGGCGGUGUGCAGGUCGCUGGUGGGGAUGAACCAGACGACGGGCAUCAGGGAGCAGGGAGGAUCACGUCGCCGCUUCCCCCGGCUGCCGUCGGUCACCUCUGCGGCGGAGAUCCAAAUGUUUUGGCUUCUGGUCUUCAUGACCAUCGUUUUCCUGGUCUGCUCCAUCCCUCUAGUGGUGCGGAUCUUCGUGAACCAGCUGUAUGACCCUGCUUACAUCUCUGCUGGGGGGAAGCCUGACUACAGGAGCGACAUGUUGGCGAUCCGCUUCGCCUCAUUCAACCCCAUAUUAGACCCCUGGGUGUACAUUUUGUGCCGAAAGAACCUGCUGCUAAAAGGCUGCGAGAAGCUGAAGAGGACAGUGGCCAGCGUUAAAGACGGCCGUGGUGACAACGCAGGCUGGGUAGGAGGUCAACACUCCCCUCCGUCUCUAAACAGCAAUGACACCAGCUACGCGUCAUUACGCACGGCCAGCUACAGGAACGAGGGGGAACACCGGGUGUCUAUCAAGAAUACAUCUUUCACAGACUUUGCGAUGAGGCAGGCAUGGGAGUACGACACCGCCCGGGUCAACUUCCACCCGUUCAGCGUCGAUUCGACCGCGAUCCUCGGGUGUGAGGAGGACACAGAAGAAGGCUCCAAACGGGAGGUGGCGGCCAAGUCGUCCCCGUUGUCUCCGCUCCUGUCCGAGCACGUUAGAAAAGUGGACAUUGUCACCUGUACGUUCAGCACACCGAGUUCAUGUCAGUCAGCGAAAUGCCUUUGA